UCCCGCGUCCCUCUGCUUUACACACAAUUCACCGAUGCUCAAGUGCUUCAACAAAGGUGCUGCUUUGAACACAGAGGAUGAAUUUCACGGCAAGGUGAAGACGGCCUGUCUGCAGCAGAGGACAGGAACUGUGGGGUUUAAGAUCUCCAAGGUCAUUGUAGUGGGUGAUCUGGCAGUGGGGAAAACCUGUCUGAUUAAUAGGUUUUGUAAAGAUGUCUUUGACAAAAAUUACAAGGCCACCAUUGGUGUGGACUUUGAAAUGGAGAGAUUUGAAGUCCUUGGGGUCCCUUUCAGUUUACAACUGUGGGACACUGCAGGACAGGAGAGAUUUAAAUGCAUUGCCUCUACAUACUACAGAGGAGCUCAGCCUGUAAUCAUUGUGUUUGAUUUGACUGAUGUGGCUUCACUGGAGCAUACAAGGCAAUGGCUGGAGGACGCAAUGAAAGAGAAUGAUCCUACCAGUGUACUACUCUUCUUGGUAGGCACAAAGAAAGAUCUGAGUUCUCCUGCACAGUAUACACUAAUUGAGCAGGACGCCAUUAAACUGGCAGAUCAGAUGAAAGCAGCGUACUGGGCUGUGUCCACCUUGUCUGGGGAGAAUGUUAGAGUUUUUCUUCAGAGUGACAUCUUUAAAGUUUGA